AUGGAUUUUAAUAGUACAGGCGGAAUGAGAAGUCCUUUCUCACCUAGGGUAAGACAGUCUAUUACAGGAAGAAGACCUAUUGGACUUUCAUCUGCAAAAAAAACUCAAAGUAAUUAUAUGCAGUCACCUGGUGGGCUGCAGAGUGGAGAUAUUAUUUAUAAAACGCCCUCGAUAACAUUUCAAACCUAUGGUCUACCUUUGCCAGUAAUGGUGACAGAAGCGCUUACUUUUGCGAGUGGAGAAGUAAGCGCGCGCAUGUCUUCGUGCGGCUGGUGCUGGGUAGUGGCUGGACGAAGACUGCUUACUUGGCCUUACCAACCUACCCUUGCUGCUGCUGCCCGGGAGCUAACAUUACCGCAAACAGAUCUUGCGCACAAGGCUGAUCUUGCUGUAGUAUUCUAUGAAAAUGAUGAUGCUCAGCUGCCAUCUUGUAUUGGCGUCUCACCAGAGGGCGUUGUCCGCUACUGGCCAUGCGUGGGUCAAGAAGGAGUGUAUGUUGAUGUAUCGGCUGAGCUUGCCGGUCAGGAGUGUGAGCGGCUCGGCGAACCGACGCGAAGUGGCUUAGUGCUUGCAACAACCACUUGUACUGUUGUGUUGCUUACACCGACAAUUAUAGAUGGUCGGCCAACUGUGACUUGUCGGACCUUACGCCCGCCUAGUGGUUGGCUUGGUGGCAUUGGAAGGCGGGUUUCUUUACUUUUCUUUGGAUCUAUGCCAGCCCAUGCUGAUACAAGGCUGGUGGGCGUGGUGAUGCUGAGCGCGUGUGCUGGUGGUGAGGAGGGAGAGGGUGCGAGUGAGGGGGAGGAUGAGGGUGCGGGCGAGUGCUGCGCGCUGGUGGCGGGCGGGCCGCUGCUGCAGCUGUGGCGCGGUGCCGAGCUGGCCGACCUGCACGAGCACCAUCUUCGCCGCGCGCUCUGCGCACACCUCGCGCCGCAGGGUGAUCCAAACAGCCUUGAGAUAAUGGCCUUAGAUGUCCAUGCAAGUGGUCCAAACAGUAUCCUGCUGCUUAUUGCAUCGGUCAAUGUCGCCAGAUCGCCUGAGAAAAGAUAUGCAAUUGCACACGUGGACGUGUCGCAGGCGGCGAGCCCGCGAGUGGUGUCGGUGCAGCCGUUGCAGCCGCUGCAAGUGCUGCAGGCGCUGCGCGACGUGCCGCCCCGCUGCCUGCCGCUGCCUGCUCGUGUGCUGCUCUACUGUGCGCACACGCUCGCACUCGUGCCCGGCGUGGGCAGCAGCGAAAAGGCAGAGUGCAUCUCGGUGUCGUCCGAGGGUGACCGCAUACUGGGCGCGGCGCUGUGCGACGGCGUGCCGCUAGUGUUCAGCCGCAGGCACGGCGUGCUGGCGCUCGCUGCUCAGGGGCGUCCCGGGUCGUUGUCUGAUAGUCCAAUGAGUUCGCCGAGUGCGUCCGAUAUGUACGACGGCAAUCUGACCAUGUAUGAAAUAGACCCGCAUGAGUUGGUCGGUCGUGUGACGGACGCGUGCGGCCGGCUACAGACGGCGUUUCUGCUGCACUUGCGGCGCGACGCGGGCGCCGCGCGCCUGCUGGCCGACACGUUCGGCGCCGGUGCGGCCGGGAGCGGGGCGCUGGCCCGCGCCGCGUUGUCCGCGCUGCGCCGCCUGCUGGACGACGCGCCGGCCGGUGACCCGCGCUGGGGGCAGGCCCGAGCGCCUCGCGCUGCCCGCGCCCCUCGGCCGCGCCUGGCGCUGGGUGCGUCGGCCGCGCUGCAGCUGCAGGCGCAGCUGCGCGACAAGGCGCGCGUCUUCGCGCUCUUCCUUGACUUCCUGCGCGCACACGCAGUCUGGCAGCGCAUCGCCGCUUUGCCCGCGGAGCGCGGGUGGGGUGCGGCGAGCGUGCAGCGCGUGGCGUGCGUGUAUGGCGCGCGGCUGUGCGCGGCGCGCGCGCUGCGCUCGCUGCACGAGCAGGGCGCGCCGCUGCUGGACGUGGCUGUGAACCAGGUGGCCCGCGGUGCGGAGAGCGAGGAGUGGAACGGAUCCGGGUCGGAGCCGGAGUCGGACGCGGAGGCGGAAGCGGAGGCGGAGAGCGCAGCGCUGCGGGCCGGUGAGCUGUCGGACGGCGACGUGGCGUUCCGGCGCGUGACGCGCGCACACCUGCUGCUGCGGGCACUCGCGCGCGUGCCCGCACCCACGCCCGCUGACGCACACGCCGCGCUGGCGCUGCUCGUGAGCGUACUGAGCGAGGUGCAGACUUGGACGCUAGCGCGCGCGUGCGCGGACACCACGCUGCGCGCGCGCCUGCUGGAGGCGGCGGCGGCGCUGGCCGACCUACUGCUGGCCGCGCAGCAGCAGCACACGCAGCAGCAGCACUCGCACCAGCACGCUGCGCUGCGCCGCGACCUCAUCCGCCCAUACGUGGAGAUAGGGCAGACUCGGCGCGCGGCCGCGCUGGCGGAGAAGUUCCAGGAGUGGGAGCUGCUGGUGCAGCUGUGCGUGGACGACGGGGAUCUGCCGCGGUUGCACGCCCUUAUCGACAAGUACGCGCACGAGGGCAUGGCGGAGAUCGCGUUCGCGUGGCUGGCGUCGGGUUCGGGCGCAAAGCGAGCGUUGCUGGUGCGUGAGUUCAGCGAGCGGGGCGGGCAGCGGCUGGAGCGCUGGCUGCGCGGCGCGGACGAGCCGACGCGCGUCCAGCUGCUGGCACUGCAGCGCCUCGCCGCGCGACAACACGCCGCCGCCGCGCACGCGCUCGCACGCCUCGCGCCUACCCACGGAGCCGCGACGUGUGCGUCGCUCGCGAAGCUGUGCCUGCUGGCCUCUGACGAGGCAGAGGAGCGGUCCUCGGAUACUUGGCGCCAGGUGGAGCGCGUGCUGGCGCUGAGCGAGCUACAGGCUGCGCUGCCCGCCGCGCUCCGCGCACAGGACGUGGCAGCUCCCGACGCGCCGCUCGCGGAGCCCGAGCAGCUGCUGCAGUUAUAUAUCGAUUCGGAGAGCAAAUCCCUAACGGAGUAUGACUACAAGACAGCUUUAGACCUCACGGAAUUCAUCGAAGACGAAGAUCAACGCGAAGAACUUCGAUUACAGGUGUGGAGUGCGUGCGUGGCGCAGGAGCCGUGGGAGAAGUGGGAGCGGAGCGGCGCGGAGCUGCCCGCCGACGCGCUGCGCGACUCCACGCUCUACCGCCUGGCCGACCUCGUGCACCUCAUGGGUGGAGACGUGGAGCAGUCGCUACCAGAACUGCAGGCGCUGCUGGGCACGCCGCGGCUGGAGCGCCGAGCUUCCGAGCCUCGCUUCCAGUUCGCACUGCGCCUGGUCUACGAGCUCAUCCGUGACGCGCACCACUGA